GCACUUAAAUAAAUGAGCUAGUUUGUUGUCUCAUGUUGACCUUAAGGCUGUGGUACUUUUCGCGCAUGCGCAAUAGAAAUUAUUCCCCAAUCGCUACAGAUUGAAUCUAAUGAAGUUUUGAAACUCUGUAUUGGAACAUGAGAGAUACAGAGAGUGGGAGAAAGACAGACAGACAGACAGAGCGAGAGAGACAGUUAGGGACAGAGAGAGAGGGAGAGAUCAUGGAGAAUUAUGAGAGCUGGACAGAAGCAGUGUGUGUUAAUAAAGCUGCAGCAAAACUUGUGGGGGGCGGAGACCUUAACAUCUGUACCAUAAACACACACACACACAUACAUAGAGAGAGAGAGAGAAAGAAAGAGAGUGCCAGCCUACCACAUUACCAUCAGCUUUGACUUUGUUCACAUGAGUUUACAAGCUGUUAUAAGAUGAAGUGUGCGUCUGUGUGCUACAUGCUGCAGUCUGCGGCUUUUCUCACGCUGACCUUUUCAUUCACUUUCGCUACUCCGUCGAUAUACAGUUUAUUCCAAGGCGCUCCGUAUUCCAGCUCGAGCCCGAAACAACGCAACAAAAACUGGUGUGCAUUUGUAGUGCACAAGAACGUGACGUGCGCUGUGCUGGGAGUGAUGGAAAGUGUGGAGUCUGACAAUGCACCCUGUCCUGAACAUCAGCCUCAUUGUACUCAAACUGGAAUAUACCGGAUCCACACAAGACCAACAUACAAGGUGGGCUACAAGCAGGUGACUGAGCUGGAGUGGAGGUGUUGCCCAGGUUAUCGUGGUUAUGACUGCAUGGAGCUCAAGGAUGCUCUGUCACCUCAAGUUGUCCAGGAACCACAACCAGAUCUGCCCUCUAUUCACAAACCACAACAGAGUGUUGGACCAGAUAUUACCUCUGGUGCCCAUCCUUGGACACAAUUUGGACAAAGUGGACAAACCAGACACCCUUGGAAUGAAGGUGGAGAGUCUGGAGCACAGAGAGGGCAACAUGAUAGUCGUCGUGUUCGGGAGUUAGAAGAAGAAGUACAACGUCUUUCUCAAACUGUCCUUGACAUGCAGGCUGCUAUGACUACUGUAAAUGCUAACUUGCGUCAAGAUCUGCAAGAAGAUGCAAGCAAGAUAAUCCUGAACUUCCUUGGCCACCUACGGCAACCACAGGAUGCACUGACUGGAGGAACUGAGAGCAUUGUGCUGCCUUCAGACCUAACAAUUUUUCCAGUUCCUGAUGAGCUUCAAAAUCAGGUCUCCCACCUUUCUAACACAAUCAGCACCAACACCAACACCAUUCAGGGAUUGGAGGCCAAGCUCCAGCAGAUUGAAAGCCAGAUGAACCAGCUAAAAGAGGCAGCCAGUGCUACCUCAGUUCCACUCCCUCCCUCUACCUUGGCCACUGAGUGCCAAUGCCAGGCUUUUAUUGAUGAAAAACUUCAAGCACUUCGUGAGGAGCUACUGGAGGGAAUGGAUAUUAAGAUGGCUGAUUUGAAGAACUCCUGUGACUACAAAGUAGAGUCAGUCAAGGAGCAUUGUGAUGAACAGGAGACCUCCUACCUAAGUCUUACUGAGCUCCUUGAAUCCAAAGAAAGUGACUUGCGCCAAGAAAUCCAGGACCUGAGGCACCUUGUUUUAAAUAGCACUUCUAAAGGAUUGGCAGUUGCUCAGUUUCAAGUUGAGAUCCAAAGCCUAAAGAAUGUGCAUCAGAGCUUGGCUAAUGCUGUAAAUGCAACAAACAAGCAACAGAAGGCUUUAGAGGAGGCAUUGAACACAAGGUUUAGCCAAGAAGAAAAGAGUACAGAAACUCACUGCCUCAAACUUGAGGAAAGGUUAAGAAGUGAGAGGGCAAAGGAACUGGAGGCUCAGAACAAAACCUUGGAGACCAAGAUCAGUGCAGCUCUACAGGUCAUUCAAGACAUACAAUCGCACACUAUACCAAAAGAUAACAGCCAAAAUAUUUUAGAUAUGGAGAAACAGAUGCAGAGUCUGAAGGGUGAGGUGAGCUCUCUUCUGCAGCAAGUUGCACAUUUGGAGAGCUCAGUUCAAAUUCUCAAUGAGACCAAAAGCCAUCAGCGUCAUAUGGACGGUGGCCUUUAUAACAAACUAGUCGAACUGGAGGAAGCUUGUGGGAGGAGCCAAGAAUCUGUCAGCAAAGUGGAGGAGAUCUUGUCUGGAAUGGAUGGCCGGGUGGUCAACGUUGAAAGGCUCUGCGGUAGAUUAGAACCAAUGUCCGACAGUCUUAAGAGUAUUAAAGAUGGACUCAACAAACAUGUCAGUGGCCUCUGGAACUGUGUCCGAAAGCUGAACAGCACUGUCAUUACUCACACUACUGACAUCAGCACGCUGAGAGAAAAUGCGCACACUGCAGCAGGCAAGCAGCAUGGAACCACCAACCGUACACAAUAUACAGGUCCAGGUGUUCGUUCUGGUAUGGAGGACUCUAGUGUUCUCAUGGAGAAAGCCGCUCCAGUUCUAGAGUCUGGAGAAGCAGGGCCACCUGGAACCAAGCUUUCAUCACACCCCCCUCAGGGCAGCAGUGGCAGUAAGACACCUGUUAAGGGCUUUUCUUCAGCUCCAGGUGCUCCAGUGGUCCCAGUCUCUGUUACAGCUCAUAUUCUUCCAGGUCCUAUGAGUGUAAGUGUCUCCUUUUCGGCUGGCCUGACCCUCUUUCCAUUUUCUGAAGAGAUCGGCAUCAUCCGCUUCAACAAAGUGCUGCUGAACGAUGGAGGCCACUAUGAUCCAUAUACAGGUGUGUUCACCGUGCCCACCGACGGCCGGUAUUUGUUGAGUGUCGUGAUAAUGGCAGAGAAAGGAGGUAGUGUGGAAGCAGUCCUCUCAGUGGCCAAUCGUAGCAUCCAGAAGCUUGACACAGCUGGAGCAGAGAAUAAGGCAUCAACAGGGUGUCUCUGUGGAGGCUCUGCCUCUGCCAACCUUGUCCUUGAUCUCAGACAAGGUCAGAAUGUGGGGGUGGUAAAAACAUCAGGAACUCUGGCAGUUUCAGCGUCCACCGAGGUGCUUUCCACAUUUAGUGGAGUUCUGCUUUAUCCAAUGCCAGCAAAAAGAUAAUAAUGAUCAGAUUUCAGGGUUACAUUUUAAUAAUUAUGAUAUAUGGUAUGUUAAAUAUGUUAUACCACUACACUCAACGUCCACUUUAAUAGGAAAGCCUGUACAUCCGAUCAGCUAUGCAGUUAUCUAAUCAGCCAAGGAAAAUCCUGCAGACACAGGCCAAGAGCUUCAAGUAAUAAAAGUUAAAUAAAAUGUGACAUUAAUUGUGUCAUGGAUGUUAGUACCAGAUGAGCCAGUUUGAGUAUUGUAGAAACUGAUGAGCUCACACACAUUUAUUAAACAAUUAUCAAGCUUUGAAGCAGAUGAGAUAAGACAGAAGAUUGUCAUAUUUGGUUCCACUCCUGUAGCCUGGAACAGGAAUCUGAGGUAAGCAUGUACUCAUGAUAGCCUCCCAUUUCUGUUCUGGGUUUGCAGGAGUGGAGCCUGAUGUGGUCUCCUGCUGUUGUCACCUUGAGGUUUGAUUUGUUUUGUGUGUUCUGAGAUGCUUUUCUUAUGUCCACAAUUGUAAAGAGUGGUUAUUUAAGGUUCUAUAGACUUAAUGUCCAGGCAAACAUUUGUGGUUUUGCACUACUCUAAUUAAAUAUUAGAGACUGGUGUGUGUGAAAAUCGCUGUAGAUUUAGAUAUACUCAAACCAGCUCAUCUGGCACCAACAUGGCUGACAUGGUAAUCACAGGGAUCACAUUUUUUCCCUAUUCUGAUGUUUAACUGAAGCUCUUAAACUGCAUCUGCAUGAAUUGUUGUGUUGCACUGCUGCUGUUGCUGCUGCUGCUUGAUUGGCUGAUUAGAUAACCAUAUAAAUGGGCAGAUGUACAGAUAGGCACUGAGGUACAUGUAUCUCAGAUACAUGUGGACACGGAGUUUAUCAGUUUGGUACACAAUUCUUUAUGUUCUGACAUAACAAGGAUAUGUAUUUCGGUGCUCAUACGAUUGUUACAUUUUCCCCAGUGCUAUUUAGCAGAUGAAAAGAGACAGCUUCUAAAGAGAAAAUAAUUUAUCAGCAUCGAUCUUAAUGACAUGAAAUCUCUGUGCAGUGAAUCCUCUAACAGCAAUUACAGUUUAAAGAUAUUAGUUAAAAUGCAGGAUUGAUAUUUCUGCUAAAGUAACUCGAUUUUGUGUCAAAUUUUUGUAUCAGUUAUUAACGGUAAAGACAUUUAAGAUGGCAAGAAUUUAAACAAAAAAAAAAUAAAAAUGUAGUCAAGGAUGGUGCUAACAUGAAGCUGCCUCGGUAUUGUCGAAAAAGUGUUUCACAGACUGAUAUUUCUACUGCUUUAAGAAAACCAAGUGCUUCCUUUUAAGCUAUUCAUCAAGAAUACACAUGUCUUGCUUCACAGAAUAUGUGCAAAUAAAAUAUUACAUAAGAUAAAGCCACUAUAUAUAUCUGUGUUCCCUGAGACUCGAGUAUGCUAUCUCGAAACUAUCAUUCUAAUAAGUCCAAAGGUUUCCAGAGUUUUUGACUAUAUUGUAGUACUUAAACAAUAGAUUGAAAGCAUUUCAUGGAUAAUAAAUACAUUUUCAUUUAUUAUGGCAUUGUUAGGAAGUACUUAUUGAGACUGUGUAAUAGACUUUAUAUAAAAUAAAUCCGUCCUCGUUGGAAUUUUAUUGGAAUUGCAAUACUGGAUGAAAUAUUGAAAAAAAAGUACCAGCUUUUUGAAUAGGAAACAUUACUGAAACUGUGUAUUUUUUUAUUGCAAUCUCGGAAUGAAAGCAAAAUACAAACAGUAAGUACAUUUUAAAAACUAUUCUUUGAUGUAAUUUAAAAAUGUGAUGAAUUACAUUUUUCUCUAAUAAAGUUUGAAACAACAAAAAACAAAGCAUUGUGAAAUCUCUCCUUAGUUUUUUUGUUUUUCUUUUAAAUUAGACAAUAAAAGUCUUAACAUGUGACAGGCAAUGCUAUUUAUAACUAUUAUUAACACUUUAACAUUGUAACUGCAACCAUACACAGAGGCCAAUUAAACAGGGUGGAAAUAGGGA